UUGAAGAUGAGAACCUUGUAAGUUAAAGAGCUUCAUGCUCUUCAGCCAAAACUCUGCUGUUUACAAAUAGGGGAAAACAACAUUCGUUUCCUAGGUGAUUUGACAGGCUUAACCGGGCAGGUAUAAAGCACUUCUCUGAGUAUUAGAUGAUGUUCUCUGGGUAGUGAAAACCUGAACGCACUCUAGGUGCCCUUAUCCGAACAUCACUUGUGCCAGGAUUCGAGUGCUUUCCGGUGAAGUUUUAAGGUCUCAUCUAAAUCAGGGGAUGUAGCUUGGCAUUUGUUCAUUGGACCCCAACAUCCUGUUACCAAAUCAAACUCAGGGCCUCUCGCCGGCGGGCAGUAAGGCCAAUCUAAUGACACCGGGUUGUGGUGAAGGAAAGUGCAGCAUUUAUUGUAAAGAUGCCAAUACAAAGAGGAUGGGUGGCUCAUGUUCUAAAACCCCGACGGUUUUGGGGGGAGUAUUUAAUGGGCAAAAUUUGGGCUGAGGGCUACAGGGCUUGUGACUUUGUUCUGACCGGCUGGUGGCGAGGUAGCAGGGCGGCGCUCCAGGGAUCUUGGGCUCAGCCUGAAGUUACCAUCCUCCACCUGGGUGGAGGCCUUAGUUCCCGCAGAAGAACUCAAAGAUAUUGUUGUGUGUAUCCCUUGAGGAGGAACCAGGACGCUGCCCCAAGGCUGCAGUAUUGUUUCUAGGCUGUUCCUCCCUUGUUUCUGCAUCCCCUCCCUUCCCUGAUUAGCAACUGUUUGAAUCUGCCCUUUGAAGCUCAGGGGACGUCCAGGAGCCUGAAGGAAGCCUAUUUCCUACAAACAAGAAACGGGGGGCACGGAAAGAAUUUGUACCAGGGAGGACCCCACAGGGUCCUGCUCCGUUUCAAUCCUUACGAUAAGCACCACGGUGGGAGGAGAGGGGCUGUCACGAGGUAAUCUCAAAGUCACAGGACCCAGAGCCCUGCACUUUCAGAUCCCCUAGGACUGGAACCCCGCUAAGCUCUUGUUUUAGAAAAGAGAGGGCCGGGGACUUCCCUGGCGGUCCAGGGCUGAAGACUCCGCACUUCCACUGCAGGGGCUUCGGGUUCAAUCCGCGGUCCAGGAACUGGGAUCCCGCAUGCCUCGCGGCAGGGCCAAAAAAAGAAAAAGCAAAAGAGUAGGGCGGGGCUAGAAAGCAUUACAAAAGAGCCCGGUGGGUGAGGUUUUUUUUUUUAAUUUUCCAUCUCGUCACUUCAGUCAGUUUUUCACUAAAGCGGCAUGUUUGAGAACGGAGGCAACAUUAUACCCCGUGGAGCGUGGUCGAAGAGUCGAGGGACCAGGCUGUGGAUCAUUGCCAUGAGCAACAAGGCGGGGCGAGUGCCGCAGCCUGUCGGAUGACUAGCAGGAAACGGCACGCCUGCCAGAACGCAUCAUUUCAACUUUCGUUCUUACUGUAUUAAUGCCCUGAAUGACAGUAACAAGAGGGGGGCAAAAAGCCCUCCGGAAAUGAAGGAAAAGAGAUCUGAGAAACUAAAUCUGCAGGGGAAAAGGAGACUAAAACCAGAGUUUUAGUGAAACAGCUAGCCGUUGGGAGCUGGGAGCCAGAGGGAGGGAAAAAGGCUGGGCUUAAGCAACCUGCUACCGGGAUGUAGACAAAGGCGGUUUGAAAGGCAGAGGACGAGGCGGGCUCAGUAGCUACUCUCAGCAUGGGGAGUGCGCCAGCCGCUGGAUUCCCGGGAUGAAACCGAAUGAAUUCACCGUGUCUCCUUCAGUGCACGAAUUACUGGAGUAUGCACCAAAAUAAGAACUCAGAGAAAAAAGUAAGUUUGGGAGAGGACUUAGAUUUUGACGGUCUUUGAAAUCUCCUCUUGGAGGCAUGCCUUCAUUGAUGCGUUACCUCUUUAUAGUUUCUGUCUCUUGUGUAAUCAUUUUUAUCAUGUUCUACGUGUUCAAUUUUGGGGGCGAGCAAGGCUUCCAGAGGCUAAAUAACUCGGACACUUCGAUGCUGAGUCAAGUUUGCAUAUCCUUUAUCAAUGGCAAAACACCUUUCCUCUGGAGAAACAAACUCAUGAUCUAUGAGACGUCCUCUUGCAAGGAAUACUUGACUCAAAGCCACUACAUCACGGCGCCGUUAUCUAAAGAAGAAGCUGAAUUUCCUUUGGCAUAUAUCAUGGUCAUCCAUCACAAUUUCGACACCUUUGCAAGGCUCUUCAGAGCUAUUUACAUGCCUCAGAAUAUCUACUGUGUUCACGUGGAUGAGAAAGCGACAGUUGAAUUUAAAGAUGCAGUGAAGCAAUUACUGAGCUGCUUCCCAAAUGCUUUUCUGGCUUCCAAGAUGGAACCCGUGGUCUACGGUGGGAUUUCCAGGCUCCAGGCUGACCUGCACUGCAUCAAAGAUCUUGCAGCCUUGGACGUUCCGUGGAAGUACGCCAUCAACACCUGUGGGCAAGAUUUCCCCCUGAAAACCAACAGGGAGAUAGUUCAGUAUCUGAAAGGAUUUAAAGGGAAAAACAUCACCCCAGGGGUGCUGCCUCCAGCUCACGCAGUUGGGCGGACUAAAUAUGUCCACCGAGAGCACCUGGGCAAAGAGCUUUCCUAUGUGAUAAGAACCACAGCAUUGAAACGGCCUGCUCCCCACAAUCUCACCAUUUACUUUGGUUCUGCCUAUGUUGCCCUGUCAAGAGAGUUUACCAACUUUGUUCUCCAUGACCCACGGGCUCUUGACUUGCUCCAGUGGUCCAAAGACACCUUCAGUCCGGAUGAACAUUUCUGGGUGACGCUCAAUAGGAUUCCAGGUGUUCCUGGCUCCAUGCCAAACGCAUCGUGGGCCGGGAACCUCAGAGCUGUAAAGUGGUUUGACAUGGAAGAUAAACACGGAGGCUGCCACGGCCACUAUGUCCAUGGCAUUUGUAUCUAUGGAAACGGAGACUUAAAGUGGUUGAUUAAUUCGUCAAGCCUCUUUGCUAACAAGUUUGAGCUCACUACGUACCCCCUUACUGUGGAAUGCCUAGAGCUGAGGCUUAGAGAAAGAACCCUAAAUCAGAGUGAAAUUGCAAUACAGCCCAGCUGGUAUUUUUGAUCCACUGCCACUCACGACUGAAGGGGACUCACAGCUGGAAAGGAGAGCUUUUCUUUGUGAGAAAAACUUGGCCUGGGUUAUAUGAACAGUCUCAGGGCCAAGGUUAUGGCUUCAGGACCUGACUACGUUAUUACAUGUUAAAAUAUUCUCUGGACACCGUGAAAGAAAUAUGCUGUCAGGAUGGUUGCACAGGGUGAUGUUGGCGCUUUGGCCUCUCUGGCAGUUUCUUGAGGCUCACCUCUGUAUCAGGCUAAUGUUCUGAUCAGUGAUAAAUUAAACUGUCCUCAGAUCUUUGCAUCCGAUCCUCAUCAUAUACAAAUGUUCUAAUGAAAAGGAGAAUUGUGGAUAAUACUAUUUAGGAAAAAAAGAACUGGGUUUCUUUGAAGAAGGAAUCUUUUAUAACAGAUCUCUAGCCACACAUUGAUGGAUAUCCCCUGCUCUUUGCUUACCUGCACGUAGGCAUAGAAAUCGCUUUUUCGGUAACUGACCAAUCUCCUUUACAACCUGAGCUCCUAGAACUGAGAACUAGAUCUUCUUCCUGAGUUUCAACAGUAGCAUUUUCAAGUUUCCUGUGUCUAAAGUUCUGUAUAGAAUUUAAAGCCAUUCACAAGAGACAGAAUUUAAGACAGCAGUCACUGCCUGCUGCUUCAGUAAAAGGCCCCCGGGGGGGAAUCAGUUUCUUGAAUAUUUGUCAGAAUAUACUCUGAUCCCUCUUUCUUGUUUUCCAUUGAGAACAUGGAAAAGUUCUUGAAGCAUGAAGAAUUUCUAGAAGAGAGGUGCUAUUGCAUGGGUGUAGCCUCAAGCCUUGAAUAUCUCAGAGUAAAUCACUUUCCUUUAUUGCCACUACUCUCCACCCCGACCAAAGUGAUCUUAUCUGCAAAAUGGAGACCAAAUUCUUUCCCGUAAGCCUUUAAGGAGUCCAUAGUGUUCUCUGGGUAGCUUUGCAAUGCCUGGGGGUCAUAGGAGUGCCUGGAUUUUUAAAAGCUUUCAAAUGUGUGUGAGCCUUUGGUCACUUAUCCUUCCUCCCAUUCAUGUAUCCAAUUCAUUCAUUCAGCAUCUGGUCAAUAAGUAUUUCUUGAGUGUUUAUUACACACCAGACACGUGCAGAGACAAAGAGGAGAAGUAAGUCAGAAGCCUUUUUCACUCUAAAAGUCCUGGCAAUAACGUCAACGUUGGAAAGGCUGCCCUAGAGAAUCUCACAGGGUGGUUGUAUUUUAACACCUUCAUGUGCGGGGUUGUAGACUGUGGUAUCAGGCCCAGGAUAUCAGAAAUUACAAAGUGAGGUCUAAAUGAGAGAUUAUUCCCAAGAGAGAAGGGAAGGAGGAGACGGAAGCCACAGCCGAUUGUGUUCUAGGUGUUCUGCUUGCUCCUUUAGGUCUCAUGGCCUUCAAAUCUCACAACGCUCUUGGGAAGCUCACAUGAUUACCCCCAUUUUGCAGAUGAAGUGAGUGAGGCCUAGAGAGGUUUUUAGUCAGCAUUAGGAAACAAGUUCUCUGUCUGAGAAUCGGGAUUGUCUUAUUGGUCUCCUUUGUUCAUUUCCUGAGGUGGAACAUUUAGAGAAGGUGAAGUAAAGCCAUAUUUAGCAUCCCAGAAUGGUCUCAGUGUUAAUAUUGAGAAAACGUCCUGUCACGUCAGAAAAAUGUGAAGUCUACUCUUAUAUUCCAUCCAGUUGCUUGAUAUUUAUUUAUUCUAAUGAAAAACAGUAACUACAAUUAAUGAUACAUUUAAUCCACGCAAUGUUAUUUUUUUCUGUAAUUGUGCCUGUUGAAUGUUAAUCAUAUUUAAUGACUUUGAAUUUAAUGACUUCUAGUGACUUUGAAGUAAAGCCUUCUUUUUUCCUGCUACCGAAAAAAAAAAUGGAACUGUAGUGGUUGAUGAAGAGUCAAGGCAUAGGGAACACACCCAGAGCUAAAGGCAGAAUCUGAAGAUCACCUUUUUUUUUCAACUAAUUUACAUGACACCACUUGAGAAGAAGGGUUGCUUUACACUGGAUCUUUCUCUUGUAGAACAAGAAAUCUUUUGCAAUAGAAGAUGUUUACAUGUCCGUUGUUGGUCAUUUCUUCUAUGUCUUAAGUACUUUAAUAUUGGGAGAGUGUAGUGUUUGGACUAGUGGGUUUCUGCUAGCCCUUGGAGAUGCCCUGAAAACUUUGUUUUCAAUGAUGUUCCAUGUUGUUUUCUUGGAAAUAAAUUAAUAUAUUGUUUUCCACC